GAAACUUGCGUAUAAUUAUCUGGAUUGUCCUUUAUUCAACACGCAGGCCUGGGAAGAAUUAGAUCUGGAACUAGAUUUAGUCAGACAUCGAAAUAACGACACGUCAAUGUCGCAUUUUUCUCGGAACAAACAAACUUUCAAGAUUUCAAGUUAGCUAGCGCGGGAGACAGAGAUUUGAGUAAAGAGAAGGGUCAGCAGUUAAAGUCGCUUCUUGACGCUGUUUCUUGAGCCAGCAGAGUGUCCGUUUUUCGUGGAGCUGUCUGCGGCUACAGUGUAUUAUUAUAUCGUAUCAUUAUUUUAUUGGUGAAAUCGUUACCAACUAAUCUCAAACUCCAUUGGGCAAGAUCGUGAAGAACUGUGCUUUCGGAAGAAAAUGGAAUCUCAAGGAGAUGCCUGUUGAGGUGGAGGUGCGAGGGUAGCCACAGUUUACAGAACCCCGAUGUCUUAUUGCUUUUGUUUUACCUUUAGCCACGUUUUGUGAACUGCAAUAAGACACCCACGUCUGCUCAUGAGAGGAGGGAUUAUCUUUCGUUUACUCCAAGGAUUAUGGAUGAUGAUGAUUAAUAAUAAUGAUCAUGAUAAUAAAAUUUACGCCCCAAUCGAAACA